UUUGGGCUUUACGUGAAGGAGAGUCUUUGUAACUUCCUGGACCCGUCAGUAUGGUUCACAGAAAACUGGUUUCAUCUGAGUUGGCCAUGACAGGAAAACCGGAGCGUUAGAAGCGUUUGUUCUUUGUCACAGAGACGGGUCUGAGGUUUGUAACGACACGUGUGACCUGAUCCAGGCUUGGAGUAGGGCUAAGCCAUGUCCCAGGGCCCCACCAUCCUGUGGAGCCCGAUGGUGAUCGUGGAGGCUGCGGGUGGAGCCCUGCCUCAGGUUUCCCAUUAUUCAGUGAAACCUGCCAACCAGGAAGAGGGUUGUGUGUCCUUUGAGGAUGUGGCUGUGUACUUCUCCUGGGAGGAAUGGAAACUGCUUGAUGACUCCCAAAGGCUCCUGUACCAGACUGUGAUGACCGAGAUCUUUGCACUUGUGUCCUCUCUGAGACUUGAACUUUCUGGGAUCGAUGACACAACUCAGAUGGAGUCUUGCGGAGAUCUCUCUGUGCCUGCACUGAGAUUCAUGACUCCAUGUUUGUGGACAGGUUGUUGGAUCAAAGUGGAGAGUGAAAUGCCCCGCUUUGAGCAGAGUCUUUCCACAGAAGGAGAUCUUAGUUCAUCCAUGCUCCAACAGCAAAUGCUGAGCUGUGCUGAGACACCCUUGCUAAGUGCAGACAAUGCAAUGAUCAUCCAGACUUCCUCAGGUCUUCUCAGGCAUCAGGUGACUUCCAGUGGUGUGGAGGCACCCAAGAGCACUGAGACUGGAGAGGCCAUUCACGCUGAGAAGAAAAACUGCAAAUGCACAUACUGUGGCAAAGUCUUUACUAGUAUAUCUCACCUUAAUCGGCACUGGAAGAUACACACGGGAGAAAAGCCUUUUCAGUGCAGCGAAUGUGGGAAAUCCUUCAGCCAAAAAGCCUUUCUCAUUAAGCAUUUCAGAAUGCACACUGGAGAAAAGCCUUAUAGGUGCAGUGAAUGUGGCAAAGCCUUCAAGCAUAAUAUCUCCCUCAUUUCCCAUCAGGGACUCCACACAGGAGAAAUGCCAUUUAAGUGCAGUGAAUGUGGGAAAUCGUACAGGAGCAGGGAAGGCCUUAAAGUUCAUUAUCGAUUUCACACUGGAGAAAUGCCUUUUGAGUGCAGCGAAUGUGGGAAAUCCUACAGAAGCAGGGAAGGCCUUUUGAAUCAUUUCUACAGUCACACGGCAGAGAAGCCUUUCAGCUGCAGUGAAUGUGGAGAGUAUUUCACCCAAAACUCUGACCUCAUUGAACACCUAACAGUCCACGGCAAGCCUUUCAAGUGCAAUGAGUGUGGAAGAGUCUUUAAUUCAAGUUAUAACUUUGUUAGACACAUGAAAGUUCACAUUGUAGCAAAGCAGUAUGCGUGCAGGGAGUGUGACAAAGUGUAUUGCAGUAGCUCUAGCCUGUAUAAACACCGAAAGAUUCACACUCGAUAAACGUCUAAGGAAGGCAAAGAAGAUAAGAAGUCCCUUAGUCAUCUAAAUGAACACCUGAAAUCUCAGUGGAACAGAAGAAGUGCUGAGUGCUUCAGAGCAGAUGUCAGCAUCAUUCACACACACCUCCAACCCAUAAAAGUGGAGAGAUCACCGGACUAGGAUGUGUCAUGAAGCCAUGGAUUCGAGGAUCCAGGUUUGAAGCCUCUGAACAGAAGUGUUUUCUGAAAACAACAUCACAUCCCACAUAGGUUUCUGAAUGCAGAGAUUGUAGGGAACAGCUUCAGCGACUGGCAAACCUUCAGCUUUAGGACUGAAUCUGACCUUUAAAGAAACGUUGUGAGAGUGGCCUUUGUAAGAGAUACAUCCAUUGAAACUUCCUCCUCUGGUAGAUCUCUUCCCAAGAAGUUGACACCAGGGAACUAAGAGAGAGGGAACUCUGUGCUUGACUGACCAAGUGUGGAGUGGAGUUUCCAUGUAACUGAAUUUGGUUGGGGUAGGAACAGAGUGUCCUUG